AAAAAAGAAACCAUUAAAACAUGAUUGAUUGUAGGUGAAGCUUCUACUCCAUCAACAUUAAACAUACAAUAAAUAAAACUUCAAGAGUGUAUAAACUUUACUCCAGUUCUAUAAGAUGAUGGCACUAUAAUAGCAAACAGCUCUGAUUUUUGGGUAUCACUUAUUCACAUCAGAGGGAAGAUGGAGCUUUCGGGUGAAAAUUUUGAAGUAGUGGAGUGGAAAUUGGGAGAUGAUGAGCUGAAGGGCGGGGACAAGAGCAGAACUUCAAGUUCUACCCUUUUUGAGUCAGAAGCAACUGGUAAUGAUGAAGAACACAGCAGCUCUAAAGAUUCAUUGUCAUUGCCCUCUUUUUAUGACAGGAAGCUGGAAAAACAAGGGUCACUUUCACCUGAGGUUGAGAUGCUUAAGGAAACUUUCUCAAAAUUGAUCCUCGGACAAGAUAUGUUAGGUGGUGGAGAUGGCGUUUCUGCAGCAUUGGCUGUUUCUAAUGCCAUCACUGAUCUUUCUGCAACAAUUUUUGGGAAAAUCUGUAGACUAGAGCCUUUGACCUCUGAGAAGAAGUUAACAUGGAAGAGAAAAAUGGAAUGGCUUCUUAGCGUCAGCGAUUACAUUGUUGAAUUCAGUCCAUCCUUGCAAACAUUCCCAGAUGGAUCCAAGCGAGAGGAUCAAGUCUGUGGGGUUUGGGACAACGACGAGUUUGUCAUAUGUCAACCAUGUCCAUGACACUAUUCUGUGGGUAUAGGUCAUGACCUCGAGACCAAGGCAAGAUCUUUACGUCAACCUCCCCGCGCUUCUCAAGCUUGACAAUAUGAUCCUUGAUAUCCUUGAUAGCUUAGAACAAACAGAGUUCUGGUAUGUUGAUCAAGAAGGUAUUGUAGCAGCGUCAGAGAGUUCACCAAAGGAGAAAUGGUGGUUGCCCGUUCCUCGAGUCCCCACGUGUGGUCUUAGCGGGAAUGCAAGAAAGCAGUUACAGCACAUUAGGAAUUGCAUAAGUCAGAUCCUGAAUGCAGCAAUGGCUAUAAACUCUGGGACUCUAGCUGAAAUGGAAGUGCCAGAGACAUAUUUUGAUGUUCUUACUAAGAAUGGGUAUGCAAACUUAGAUGAGCUUAUCAAUGGAUGCAACUUCUCGGAUCAAUGGUCACCUGAGUCUUUUCUUGACUGCCUAAAUUUGUCCUCCCAAUAUCGGGCUCUCGAGAUAGCAAACCAGUUGGAGGCUUCGAUACACAUUUGGCGCCAAAAAACUAACUCAAAAAAUAUGAAGCUCUCAUGGGAAAUGGUGAAGGAGUUGGUGGUUGAUGCAACCAAGAGAGAGGUGUUUGCAUAUAGGGCUGAAAGUCUUCUCAUCUGCUUGAAGAAACGGUUUCCAGGGCUUCCUCAGACAACACUAAACAUGAGUAAAAUCCAGCAUAACAAGGAUAUUGGCAAAUCUAUACUAGAGAGCUAUUCACGAGUUGUGCAAAGUUUGGCUUUUAAUAUCACAGUACGGAUUGAUGAUCUUCUUCAUGUGGAUGACUUGACUAAGCAUUCUGACCGAUUCAUGCCCGAGUGCAAGAAAAGCCCAAGGAAAUCUUUGACUGAUUAUUUGACCAUGGAUUCCAAGGGAAAUCAGAUUAGUGAUGAUCUGAAGAGCAUUGAGACCCAUUCAUGCAUUUAUGAGGAAGUGAUAGCAACUGAAGAUGAACUCAAUGCUUUGUAUUCUUGUAUAUAGUGAAUUUCUUGUCUCUCAAACAGGAUUUAUCAUGACUAAUGAUAAUACAGUUAAAGAUAACAACAUUUAAAG